GCAUGGUCGGCGAGAGUCCUAACCGCUGUGGCACCGACGCACAGCCUCUUCAUACCGAGUUGGUGAAACACAGUGUAAAGGAUACUUUGGGAUUUGUUGAAAGGAUAAAUUCAUGAUAUCAUUUGACGUAUUUUCCUUAUUCACCAAUUUACCACUUAUGGAAACAGUGACCUUUGUAUGCGAAGAACUCAUAAGGCGAAACAUCGAUGGUGGCAUUCCUAUGUCUUUUAUAGAAGAACUCUUGAAAUGCACAAUGAACACUUUUAUUUAAUAAGGUACUGUAUAGUCAAAUCGGCGGUGUGGCAAUGGGGUCACCACUAGGACCCAUUCUCGCUGACAUUUUCCUUGCGAAACUAGAAAAUGGGCCUUUGAAGGAUGUUAUGGAUGAACUUGAAUUCUAUUGUCGAUACAUGGAUGAUACAUUUUUGAUUAAGAAAAAUGAGAAGGAAGCAAAGAAAAUCCUGAAUAAAUUUAACGAUGUUCAUCCUGGAAUAAAUUUAACUAUUGAGAAAGAAAAUGACUCUAGUAUUUCAUUUCUAGACGUCCUUAUGGCCAGAAAAGAGGAUGGCACAAUAAGAAGAAGUGUAUAUAGAAGAAAUACAUCAACGAGUCAGUAUACUCAUUUUUUAGCUUCAUACCCUUGAAAUACAAAUGCAAUCGGAUAAAGUGCUUGGUUCACAUAGCAAGAGCAAUCUGCA